AUGAUGCCCCUGGGGCCAGGGGAUGCCCGGCAGCAGGUGGUAGAGGCUUAUAAGCAAGGUCUCAGACCAGCUGUUGGCUAUGAACUCAAUCCCUGGCUGCUGUGUCUCUCCAACUACCGGGCCUGGAAGGCUGGGUACCAUGGGAAGGUUUCCUUCCUGAAGAAAGAUCUGUGGAAGGUGAAUCUUUCUGAUUGCUACAAUGUGAUCGUGUUCCUGGCCCCCAGCGUGAAACCUCCCCUAGCCACCAAGCUCCUUGCAGAACUCCCCGACGAAGCCCGGGUGGUGGCUGGACGCUUCCCCUUCCCCUCCUGGACUCCCGCCAGCACCCUUGGGCAGGGGCUGGAGCAAGUCUGGGCCUAUGACAUGAAGGAGGUGCGGCGAGCAGCACAGAGCCGUGCAGAGGGAAGCCCAGUCUAA